CGUGGAUACAUGGGUUCGAUAACCCAACUCCUAAAUCUAUUUACCCAAAAAAACUUUAUUUUUUUUUGGGUUCAAUUAGGGUUUUUAAUAUGAUGAGCCGAAGGUUUUAGUUUUUGUCAGUUGCUUCUCUUUCUCUCCUGCCGUCUUGUGCAAAAUCCUUCACUCAGCAACAAUGGCAAAGAAGCGAGAUCGAAUUGUCAACACACAACCUUUCAUCUCCGAUGACGCAUCCGUCGCUUCUUCCAGGAAGCGAUCAAAGGUUCCCAAAACCCAUCAGAAGCUGGAGAAGCUGAUUGAAGCUGGUAUGAGCUCGAAGAUCAUGAAGGUAGCUCUUGACCAGCAAAAGGAAGUCGAAGAUGAAGAGAACGCCGAGAGAAACCCUAUUAGCACCGUGUUUGCUGCUGCGGCCGCCUCUACCGCGAAAGAGGAGCAGAAAGUGCUGGAGGAGGAGGAAGAUGAUAUUGGUGAUAUUGAUGAGUUUGAUGGAAAAUUCGAAGAGGAUAUCUAUCAAGAGGAUAUCAAUGAGGAAGACGAGAAGCUGUUCGAGUCAUUCUUUGUUAAGAACGCUCCUCCUCAGCGUACUCUCGCUGAUAUCAUCAUCAAGAAAAUCAAAGAUAAUGAUGCCGACUUAGCUGAAGAAGAGCGUCCCGAUCCGAAAAUGGACCCUAAGAUAACUAAUUUAUACAAAGGUGUUGGCAAGAUUUUGAGCGAAUAUACGGUCGGGAAAAUGCCAAAGGCAUUCGUGCUGAUUACUAAAAUGGAACGUUGGGAGGAUGUAUUAUACUUGACCGAGCCAGAGAAAUGGUCACCUAACGCAAUGUAUCAAGCCACAAGACUCUUUGCUCACCACUUGAAAGACACUCAAAUCCAACGGUUUUACAACUACGUUCUGCUUCCCCGAGUGAGAGAGGAUAUUAGAAAGAACAAGAGGCUGCACUUUGCUCUGUACCAGUCUCUAAAGAAGUCGCUCUACAAGUCUAGUGCAUUCAACAGAGGGAUACUAUUCCCGCUUUGUAAGUCGGGGACAUGCAAUCUCAGAGAAGCUGUAAUUUUAGGGAGCAUUCUCGAAAAGUGUUCUAUCCCUGUGCUUCACUCAUGUGUUGCUCUGCAUCACCUAGCUGAGAUGGAGUAUUGUGGUACAACAAGCUACUUUAUAAAAACUCUUUUGGAGAAGAAGUAUUGUAUGCCGUAUCGAGUGCUUGAUGCAUUGGUUGCUCACUUCAUGAGAUUUGUCGACGAAAUAAGAGUGAUGCCUGUGAUUUGGCACCAGUGUCUUCUUACUUUUGUGCAGCGGUACAAGUACGAACUACUAAAGGAAGACAAAGAGCAUUUGCAAACUCUCCUCAAGAGGCAAAAACACCAUCUUGUUACACCUGAGAUUCUUAGAGAGCUUCAGGGUAGCAGAAACCGUGGAGAGAAAGAUGAUCCUAUGUUGACUAAUUAUAUCCUUUUUUAA